GGCACCGUGACCGUCGCCUUGAAUCUCCAGAUUUCAAGAAUUUCCGUCUUCACAAAUCUGUAUGAGAUCUGACCUCGUGUCAAGUUAACCAUGCCAGAACAGAAGAGCUCUUACGAUGUGAACCAACGUCCUAAAGUACUCCUCAUGACCACCCAUAACAGUUCUUUCAUCCCCUUUCUCCAGUACCAAUCAUAACUUCAGCUCCUCACAGCAGAAUGACUUUGACCCGUGACGAUAGCAAGUCCAACCUCGCCCUCACAAAGACCUGCAAUUCUGGUGGUGACACUCAACUUGCUGCUCAUGUCGAAAAGCUCCCUCAAGUUACAGGACCGCCUCCAUUCCCCGAAGGUGGCCUGCAAGCGUGGUUAACGGUUCUUGGUGGGUCCAUGAUCCUUUUUUGCACCUUCGGCGCCGUGCAGUCAUUUGGUGUAUACCAGGCAUACUACUCUUCCCACUACCUUUCGCAAUACGCCGCGAGUGAUAUCAGUUGGAUUGGUUCUCUGCAGACCUUCUUACUAUUUUUCGGAGGUUUACCCGCCGGAAAGCUGUUCGAUGAAGGCUACUUCCACCACUGCAUAGGAGCGGGGUCGCUCAUUUACCUGUUCUCGAUAUUCAUGUUGUCACUUGCCAAACCACAUCAAUACUAUCAAAUAUUCUUGGCACAAGGUGUUGGAAUGGGCAUUGGAAUGGGUCUUCUUUUCCUCCCCGCAAUAUCUGUCACAUCUCAUUACUUCCGGCGGCGACGUGCUGCUGCAAUGGGCGUAGUCUUGGCUGGCUCGUCGCUCGGUGCCGUCAUCUACUCCAUUAUGCUUACUAAUUUGUUCAAUGGUAGUGCUGGGUUUGGAUGGGGAGUGAGAGCAGCUGGUUUCAUCGAUCUAGGACUUCUUGGAACCGCAAAUUUGAUCAUGAAAACUCGUUUACCCAGUCGGAGGGAGCGUCCGGAUGCGAAACCAGUUGAUGUCAAAGCAAUUCUGUCCGACCUAGGAUUCUGGCUGUGUGUCAUUGGUGCCACCUUGACAUUCUGGGGCCUGUUUGUUCCAUUCUUCUACCUAGAAGUCUUUUCAGAGAAACACGGGCUUUCGAAGAACAUCGGUUUUUAUGCGAUUCCCAUUAUGAACGCUGCUUCAUUAUUCGGAAGGACAAUCCCGAACUUUUUGGGUGACGUCAUUGGGCCAUUUAACGUGAUGAUCCCAUGCACUGUCAUGUCCGGAGGGCUACUGUUUCUCAUUUUUGCAGCCACGGACCUUGGGGGUACCAUUGCCUUUAGUAUCUUGUAUGGGUUCUUCUCUGGUGGUUUCAUAUCCCUCACCACUCCCGCUGCUGCAUCGUUUUCGAGAGACCUUAAUGAAAUUGGCACUCGCAUAGGCAUAACUUCCUUUGUCAUUUCCUUCGCACUCCUCACAGGUAAUCCCAUCGCUGGUGCACUGGUGCAAGUCAACGGCUCUUACAUCUGGUAUAGACCACUUGUCUUUGCUUCUGUCGUCGUGCUGGGAGGCGCCGCCUGUCUUACUGCUGCACGAUCCAUUCUGUCUGAGCGCAAGAACACCAACAGGCUAUGAAAACGAUUCACACGCGAGGUCCCACGACGCCCUUCAUUAUACAACAUUUUGAGAACGAUUUUGACGACCAGACCACCUGACUUGUAUUAUAUGCGCCGCCAAGACCGGAUGGCAAUGACUUUAACAGACCUUCUCAAAUUCUUGUCUUCCAUGGCCGUAAUCAUGUCCGCCUA